GCCAGCGGAGGCGGGGUGGGAGGGGUGGAGGCGAACGGGAGGCUGGGCUCAGGUGCCCCCACUCCCCCCGCCACCUCUCUUCACAACCACAGCCUCCCCGCUGCACCCCCAGCCCAGAAACUGGUCCCAUCUGGUUAAAAUAACCUUCCCUCCUGCCUCCAGCUAGCUGGGUGUGGUACCCAGGUGGAGAGGGCCCUGGGUGUGUGUGUGUGUGUGUGUGUGUGUGUGUGUGUGUGUGUGUGGCAGUGCGUGAUGGGGGAAGGGAGACGUGGUUUGGCCUUUCCCAGGUGGUCAGGGUCCCUCUAGGGAUGCUGCUGGGUGGCAGGAAUUGGGGACACUGGAAGGCCUCUCUGCUUCCGGGGCUCCCGAGGCUGAGUUCAAAUUGAGGCAGCCCAUAUGAACCUGGGAACAAACAGUCAGAAUGGGGGGGCUCCUGGAAAAGAGGGUGCAGAAGGAGGGAGGGGGCUUGGAUGGUGUGGGGUUGCUCAGAGCUGAGAUAAGGUCUAAGACAAGGGGAGGAAGAUUUAGGGAGAGGGGUCUCUACUCAUGGGAGUGGGUAGAAAGGUCCUGACAUGUGAAGUCUGCGAAGGCUUAGUGCCUCGACUCCCCCACCGUGACCUUGGGCACAUCGUCUGGGCCUUGGUGUCACCAUCUGUAAAGCCUGGUGAAAACCAUGCCUCUCCCUGGAGCUUGCUGGGGACCUGCGCCGUGACUAGGAAGCUGACAUCUGUCAAGCACCUGCUCUGCCUGGCCAGGGGGACGGUCUGACCUGGGAGGGGGUCCGGGCCUGGCGCUCAUUCCAACCCCGGCCGGGACUAGAGGCACCAAGCGGCCCUCCUAUGCUGCUGGGCAUGAGCCACUUCCUUCUGGUCAGUUCGGUUCAGCAAGUUUCUCGGAUUCUCCCUGCGUGGUGUGGGGAGAGCUGCCUGCUGUGAGGAAGCAAGACAUAGACUCUUCCUGCCCUGAGGCAGAGGGAGGAAGGGACCCAGAAGGGUGGAAGGAAGGUGCCUGCAUGGGGGCUUUGGAGGUGGGUUUUGAAGGAUGAAUAGGAGUUCACCAGGAGCCACCAGGCGUGGAGGAUUCUAUUCUCAGACCAGUGGAGAAGCAAAUGCCACCCACUUCCCACAUCCCUUGAGUUCAUUCUCAAAUAUCCACAUUAGCUCACACCAUGGCUGGGUAAGUUUGGGGGAGGGGGGUUAGAGAAGGAUUUCUGUCAUUAGAUGUCAUUUCCAAAAAACAACAAAACCCUGUCAUUUUCAGUGCUGGGGGUGGAGGAUAGAAGUGUCCAGAACAAUGAGUCCAGAUUGAAAGCUGGCCCACUCAGGUAUGACAGUCCUCCCGCCCAGGGCUCAGAGAGCAGAGAGUAGCUGCCUUGGUGUCACCCCAACCAUUUUAUCUGUGCGUGAUUCCCUGGGUUAGGAAGCUCAAACCGGGCUCAGCCGGGUGGCUCUUCUGCGGGUCUCUCCCGGGGUCGUUCCUGCAGGGCUGGUCCGGAUGAGCUGGGACAGGCCAGCCUCACCCCUCCGCGUGCGGUUUGUCAGUGGGGACUCUCGGUGCAUGAGCUCUGUCCUCCCGCCUUGCCUGGGCUCAUCACCUGACCACGUCAGGGUCCCCAAAACGGAAGUCUCUGGAGGCCAGAGCUUGGAACCACUGUCCUUCCACCACAUUCCACUGGCCAGAGCAAGUCACACCAAGGCCCAGAUGCAGAAGGGUGGGGAAAUAGACUCCAGUUUUUGACGAGAGAAACUGCAAAGUCACAUCACAUCCGGGGACUAGCGGGGUCAGGCAUCUUUGCAAGAGCCUCUACUGCCCUUGGGCAGGCAAGGAGGCCUCUUCCUACAGCAAGAAAUGGCGUUACUGGAUUUUGAAGAUGGCGCGGCCGAUCCAGGUGAAGCCGGCGGACAGCGAAAGCCGCGGAGGAGACCGGAAGCUGUUCGUGGGGAUGCUGAACAAGCAGCAGUCAGAGGAGGACGUGCUGCGGCUCUUCCAGCCCUUUGGGGUCAUCGACGAGUGCACCGUGCUGCGCGGGCCUGACGGCAGCAGCAAAGGCUGUGCCUUUGUGAAGUUCUCCUCGCACACCGAGGCCCAGGCGGCCAUCCAUGCCCUGCAUGGCAGCCAGACCAUGCCGGGUGCCUCCUCCAGCCUGGUGGUCAAGUUUGCCGACACGGACAAGGAGCGAACACUGCGGCGCAUGCAGCAGAUGGUGGGCCAGCUGGGCAUCCUGACGCCAUCCCUCACCCUGCCCUUCAGCCCCUACAGUGCCUACGCCCAGGCUCUCAUGCAGCAGCAGACAACGGUCCUGUCCACGUCGGGCAGCUACCUGAGCCCUGGCGUGGCCUUCUCACCCUGCCACAUCCAGCAGAUUGGCGCCGUCAGCCUUAACGGGCUGCCUGCCACGCCCAUCGCCCCCGCCUCUGGACUGCACUCACCCCCGCUGCUUGGCACCACUGCCGUGCCUGGGCUCGUGGCUCCCAUCACCAAUGGCUUUGCAGGUGUCGUGCCCUUCCCUGGGGGGCACCCCGCCCUAGAGACCGUAUAUGCCAAUGGCCUUGUGCCCUACCCAGCUCAGAGCCCGACCGUGGCCGAGACCCUCCAUCCCGCCUUCUCCGGAGUCCAGCAGUACACAGCCAUGUACCCCACCGCGGCCAUCACGCCCAUCGCGCACAGCGUCCCCCAGCCGCCGCCCCUCCUGCAGCAGCAGCAGCGAGAAGGUCCCGAAGGCUGUAACCUGUUUAUCUACCACCUCCCCCAGGAGUUUGGAGACACGGAGCUGACGCAGAUGUUCCUGCCGUUCGGCAAUAUCAUCUCAUCCAAGGUGUUUAUGGAUCGGGCCACCAACCAGAGCAAAUGUUUUGGACCCCGCGAGCCGGGAAGCCGGGGCUGCAGCACUGGAGCAGAGGACGCCCACGUUGCCCACCAUCGCGGGUCCGCCCCGGUCUCCGCAGGCUUCGUGAGCUUUGACAACCCGGCCAGCGCGCAGACCGCCAUCCAGGCCAUGAACGGCUUUCAGAUCGGCAUGAAGAGGCUCAAAGUGCAGCUGAAGCGGCCCAAAGACCCGGGACACCCCUACUGACCGCGCCCACAGCCGCCCGGAGGCUGCGGGCCUGGCCCAGAGAGAACACCUUUAUCAACAACCAAACACCUUCCUUGGGGAACGAACAGAGAGCCUAAGGGGCCAGUGGGGAAACGUAACUGGCCGCAGGCCUCGGUGAGCCUCAUCUGUGCAGUGGGUUCGUGAAAGUCGCCUCCCGAGAGGCAGCAGGGAGCAUCCGCUUGGGGAUGCCGCGUUUUCCCAGCCGAGCCCAGGACCCGCCACCUGGAAGGCUCUUGAUCAUUUGUUUCGAUUCUCUUUUUUUCCACCGCGAGCGCCGUCAUCAUCAAAGCGCCGCGCCUGGGGUCUGGCGCGAAGUAGGUGCUCAGUUAGGGGCUGCGCGUGCUUUUCAGACCCCGGCGAACCAGCACCCACAGAUCCGAGGGUAUUCAGUCACGGGAUCAGGCACCCAAGAGACGCCCCAUGCUCCUGAACACUCUGGGACCGCACAUCCUUGCUGAGCACCUACUAUGCGCUGGGCUCGGUUUCCAGCGCUCGGGGUCACAGCUGUGAAUGACCAGAAGCGGGGUUGGGGUUGGGGGAGGGCUGCCUCUGCGGAGCUUCAGUGCCCGGGAGCGGGGGAGGGGACACGAGAAGAACCCCAACUCUUGCCCCACACCCCCCGACACCCCCACCCUGGGUUUGCAGGAGGAAAUGGGCUCCGAGACCCAAAGUCCCCUCCAAGGCGGUUUGUUGGCCUCCGAAUCUGAAAAUGGACUCUCUCUCUCUGACAAGAUAGGGGCCCCCCGGGUUCCCAGAACCCAGCCUGGCCAGGGCAGUGGGGCGGGUUGGGGGCACUGCCGUAGGCCUGCGUGCCCCCCAUCACUGCGCCCUAACGCCCCUCCCUUCUCCGCCAGGUGAGGGGGCCUCCCCACCCCAGGAGGGCUUCCCGCUUCCAACCGAUCCCGGACUUUCCCGUAAAUUACAACCGAGUUUGGACACCAGCCCUCCCUCUCCUGUCCCACCUGCCCUUGCCCCCCACCCCCUAAUGUGAACGGGCAGGGGGGUGUCGUGGUCCACCCCAGCGCUGGAGGGGGAGGCGGGCUCCUGAGUCGGGGGCCGAGGGUUUCACCGCCCCCUCCUUGGUGGCUUCCCCCAAACGAAAUCUCAACGUUUCCUAUAUAUAUAUAUGCAUAUAUAUAUAGAGCUAUAGACAGUAUAUAUAUUUUUUGAGUGUAGAUCAUGGGACCAAACUUUUCCGACUUCCUUCCGUCCAAGAGAAGGUGACCCUGGCCCGGUCACUCAGCAGGGACAUAAGAAGGGCUGAGGAUGACCGGGCAGCCCAGUGUCUCCCCAUCUCCCGCUGUCAUGUCAGACCAGGGCACCGAAAAGCACUGGGAAUCAUCAGCCAACGCGAUAUACCUCCAGGACUUUGGGCCCCUGCCGUCGACGGUUCUCGCAGGCCUCCCGGCUCAGCCAGCUCAAGUGUCCCUGGUCUUAGCAGCAGCUCCCGGAACCCCCAACCCCUCCCGCGCCCCAGGGCCCUGCCUUCCCCGACGAUGUAGGCACAAGAGAGACCCCGCCCCGGCCUCCCCCCCAUCAUAGCCUUACUCAUGUGACCAAUAGCCCUUAGCUUUCCGUCAGGGGCAGACAGGGUCGGGGGAGCCCCCCCCAACCCCUCGUGCCCCCUCCCAAGGGCAGGCAGCCACCCUCCCUGCCUUCGGAUCACCAGCCUGGAGUUCACGAUCUCAUGACCAAGAUUGCCAAGCGCGUUGGACGAGCCCAACCUGCACAGCACCCCUUUACCAGAGAUACCUCUACAAAUGAUUUUUUUUUUCUUAAUUUUGGUCUUUCUGAGCAGAUACAAAGAAGAAAAGAGAAAAAAAAUGGGGAAAAAAUCAGACGACAGUGGAUUUUUGUUUCCUAGUUGGGGCGGGGAGGGAGGUCUUGCGGGGCAUCUCUGUAUAGCUACUCAAACCGUGAAAACCCACCUUGAAGCACAGAGUCAAGUUCGUGGACGUCAUUGGGGCCUCUUGCCAAGUGAGGCGCCAGAGAACUUAAUAAGCUCAAGAAAAGAAAAAAAAAAUUUGUAAAGAAAAAAAAAAAAAACAGCAUUCCCUUUUGUUUCUACCAAAAUGUGUUGACUGACCCAGAAAAAAAAAAAAAAAAAACACAUAGCAAAAAAAAAAAAAAAAAGGAAAAGAAAAAAAAAAUCUUAUGACCAACUUGUUUCGAUAUUCCAGAGUUUGAUAAUUGUUCCGAGACACUCUAGCGUGCCUGUGUCCCGUGCGUCUGCGUGUGCAAGCACGUGCCCAGGGGCCCCGAGGGGGCCUCAUCCGCGUCCCCGGCACCUGCCAAGCCCCCGCCGGGCCUGCUUGGGAGUGCGUGCUGGCGUGCAGUGGCGUGUGUCCUUCUGGUCCAUGUUUACUGGCUGUAAAUACCAUUUUUAUACUCCACAUCGAAGACCUACGUGAUUUGUACGAUGUACUUUAUUUCUGCUACGAGUAAUUUCAUGAAGUUUCAACUUGCAAACCGACUUUUGGAGACAAACCGCCACACACACACACACACACACACACACACCUCUACACAUACACACAAACACACACAGAAAAGGAAGACAAGAAAGGGACUUCGAGGGAACUUUGGGUUGGCGUGGUUUGGAUUUCUGGCUGGAGAGGUCCUUGUCACUGUGGCGUGUUCAGGUGAGAAGCUGCGAGCAUCAUCUUAAUGUCCAAACGCCUCUCUUUGGUCUGGAGAAACUGAAAGUUUAUUUAAUAAAAGUUUUACUUGCUAAA